AUGGCUGCCGAGAACGGAUCCGUCACCGACCCUACCACCACCGUCCCCGAGGUCGAGGCCAAGGGCAAGGGCAAGGCGGUCGCCGGCGAGGAGCCCGUCGAGCAGAGCGAGGCCAUGGACGAGGAUGAGGACUCCAGCGACGAGGAGGAGGCCAACGAGACCGUCGAGCCUGUUGACGAGGACGACGGCAUGGACGAGAUUGAUCUUAACAACAUCGUCGAGGGCGGUCGCCGCACCCGUGGCCGUGUCAUCGACUUCGCCAAGGCCGCCGAGGAGAACCCCGUCGCCGACGAGGAUGAUGAUGAGGAGGACGAUGACUUCCAGGCCCCGGCCGACGACUCCAAGAUGGAGGAGGACUAA